AUGGAACCCAUUUGGAAUAAAGAAAAAAAUCGUAAAGAUUGGAUUCUUUUGACUGUAGAAGACGUCGAACAAUGGUGGCAAGAAACCGCCGCGGGCUUUUCUCUCGAUCUUUUCCUCGAAAUAAGCCUGAAGGACGCAGGCGUGGCGUUCACUCAAAGUAAGGCAAACAAAGGCUGGACCUCCAAGCUUGAACAUAAAAUGCGAAGCAAUGGUCGUCAUGGAGACUACGAGAGAAAUUAUGAUGAAACCAACAAGACUGGCUUUGGCAGAAACUCGUACUGGGUUUUCCAAGCCGUCAUAGGGCUACACAGCAAGAUUGACAAGAUCAACGAGCAGAUUACUCGACAAAUCCUCGUGGAGAAUUUGAAGCCAUCGAAGACACUCAGUGAGUUCGACGCGCCGGACACGAAGGCGUCAAGUGUAUUCAAGUGGAUUGCAGCCGCUGCAUCAACGGGAGGCGGUCCCAAGUCUUUGCCAGGAGCGGCAAUGGUACCGGGCCCUGCCGGAUUCGUGACUGCAGGACUAGCUAUCAUUGGCAGCAUCUCUUCUCAAAUGGCCGAUGCGGAAUCGAAAGAGAAUAUAGAGGCGAAUAAUGUCGCAGUCGCCUUAGGGGAUGCCUUUGGAAGUCCCACAAAAGGCCUCGAAGACACCCUUCGCGUCGCUACAGGUGGAGGAGUUGAUGGCAACGACUGGAUUAACAUCAUCAGUGAUAACCUCAAGAUGAAAGUGGCAACUGAGGCCAUGAAGGCUUCGAAACUACAUCUGGUGGCCGACAGACACAUAGACGCCGAAACCCGAGAAGGAUAUGGAACUGACAUCGGCCGUCAGUGGAUGGAAUUGAGAAGCGGCGAAGAGUACUGUUUCUACCUAAUGAGAGAAUCGGCUGACACUUUCUGGGAGGAGGCCGAGCCCAGGAUCUACGAGGUGAUGGAGAGGUACGGCAUUGGGAAUCGAGUACCAUUCUACGCUGCCAUUAUUGACUGCGCCCUCAAUGGGUAUGGCAAUGGCGUGCCUCGAUGCUACUUCGACGUCCCAGCAGUCUUUUACGACGAGAACGGGGGCUCUGGGCGCAACAUCAAUCUGGGAGAGUGUGAUGUCACUCACCAUCUUCCAGACACUACCUAUGUCACUUAG